UAGCCCUGCUUUGGACAUACAACAUAAGUUAACCUUUAAAGGUGAAAUACAAUUACAAGUUAAAUCUUCAGAAAUUAGAAAACUUAGUCAUAUAUCUGGAGAAAAUGCAGUUAGUUCUUAUAGGCAAAUUACUGAAAAUUAUAGAAAGAAAGAAGAAAUUUGUGAAAAACUGGACAAUAAAAGAAAAGAAAAUACAAGCAUUUAUGAUGAAUGA